UCAUUUCUUUCUUGAUUUUAUUUCUACCCAUGUUCGCAUUUAUACGGUUGCUUACUCACGGGCCACGAAUUCUCUUUUCGAACACAUCAGCAUAAGAGAAAAACAAACAAACAAACAAAAUGAUAUGAAUAAGUAAGCACAACGAUUACUAAAGCCUGAAAGAGAAAGAUUCGACAGUUUUUACAAAUGGGUUUGGAGGCAGUGGGUGAUCUAGCUCUUAACGAAAUUCUGUCCAUACUAGGACCAGAAGAAACGGCAAUUGUAGCUUGUGUUAGCAAGCGUCUUAAGGCUUCAGCUUCUGAGGAAUCUCUCUGGUCAAAAUUUUGUUUUCAAGAUCUUCAUCUUUCUUCUCCUCUCGAUCCUCAUGGCAAUCCUCUUCCUUCUUUCAAGUUUGCUUAUGGAUCAUGGCGGGAAGCUUUUGCUAUGUAUCCUUGGCCUCUUGUAAAACGAGUUAAAAGGUGUUGGGACAGACUCAAGAACUGGUUGACCACAAAUUUUCCUGAAGCUGCUGCUACACUACAGCAGGGUGCAACAGAAGAUGAAAUUCGACGGUUUGAGAAAGUUUUAGAAGUGAAGUUGCCUCUCCCCACAAGAGUUCUCUACCGUUUUUACAAUGGUCAAGUUUUCCAAGAAAAAGAUGCAUUAACAAGUGCUCAUGGCAAUAAUUUAGGCCUAAUAGGUGGCUACGCUUUUUAUCAUCACUUGGUCAACGUUUACCUGUUACCAUUAGAUCAAGUAAUCUUGGAAACAAAACAAAUAGUAUGCCAUCUUGGGAUUUCUGGUGGUUUUAACAGUACUAAAUAUAUUGUUGUAGCUGCAUCAUCAGCUUUCAUUGAAAAGUUUUUUUUCCUCAAUUGUACAAAUGGCCAACUGUAUGUUGGUACCAGAAAUCUUCCAAUAGAUGGAGAAAUGAUGCCAUGUGUGCCAAAUGCAUUGCUGAGGUCAGUGCAUGAUCCAAGCAGUGACCAGCAGCGGGAUGGAAUGCUACUAUGGUUAGAAGAGCAUGGCCGUCGCUUACAAGAUGGCAUUAUUAAACUCCGGGAAGAACGAAAUAUUAGAACUAUCUGUCAAUUUCCAGAAGAACCUCCUUCCUGUUCCACUGCUAUUACCAAUGGCGUAAAGGUCCGUGCUUCUGCUAUUUUUGUGCCAGAGGCAGCUGAUCUGGAUGGUGGUUCUGACAAAUACUGGUUUGCAUAUUCAAUUCGCAUGUCCCUACUGCCUGAUGGAUGCAUCGUAAAUGGAAUGUAUUUUGCCUCUUGCCAACUGCAGAAGAGGCAUUGGAUCAUCCGUGCAAAUGAAACUGUUGUAUCUGAUGUGGUUGGAGAGGGUGUGAUAGGCAAGUAUCCAGUCUUGUGUCCAGGUGAGCAAGAGUUCGUAUAUGAGAGUUGCAUGCCUCUACCAACUUCUCCAGGUUCAGUUGAAGGUUCUUUCACAUUUGUCCCUGACAGGUUGACGCAUCCAAAAGGAGCUCCAUUUGAAGUUGAAGUGGCGCGGUUUCAUCUUCAACUUCCAGACUACAUUUUCUGACGGUUGUCUCUAAAAUUAAACUGCUGCAACAAUACCUGUGUAAUGAUUUAGCAUCCUUCUGCUAUUGUUGAUAUGUGGGAUAAAUUUGUGUGCAUGUGGAAGACCAAAUGAUAAAGAGUGCAUAUUGUGGGGAACUUGCAGCAUUUACUGCAUUGUUAUCUAUAAAUGGCUCCGGCUUUGCAGAAAUGCCUGCACUGCUGUACGAUAA